UUAGCACCAAUAUUUUGUAUUAUAAACGGUUUCAACUUCAAUCUUUUGUAUAGGUUGUUCUGCAGCAAUAGUGAGUUCACCAGCCAUUGUAGGUACAAGGAUGUCUUCCCAAAUCAAGAGAACCAAAUUGAAGUACAUUAGUGGAUUGAACUCAUUUGGAGGUCAAAAGACAAAUAACCAUGUUGCCUCAUUAGGCCUUCCUAUGUGCUCAUUGAAAACACCAUCACAUGAAGCCAAAGAUGUUAUCUUGUCAGGCCCUAAAGCUAACAAGCACUUUGUGCUAGUUCAUACGGGAUGUCAUGGAUCCUGGUCAUGGUAUAAGAUUAUAGAAUUGGUGAAAUCUUCAGGGAAUUACGUCACAGCUCUCGACUUGGGUGCAUCAGGAACCAAUGCGAAACAGGCUCUAGAAAUCCCAACUUUUUCUGAUUAUGUCAGUCCGUUAAUGAAGUUCAUGGCUUCACUUCCUGCAGAUAAAAAAGUAGUUCUUGUAGGCCAUAGCUUUGGUGGACUCGCCAUUUCUAAAGCCAUGGAAACCUUCCCAGAAAAGAUUUCAGCUGCUGUAUUUGUCACUGCUCUUAUGCCUAGUCCACCUCUCAAUGCAACCAUUGUCUACACUGAGUCAUGUGAUGCAGUAUUACCUGAACUGGAUAACCGCGUUACAUAUGACAAUGGACCUGAGAAUCCUCCAACCACCCUCGUCCUAGGUCCAAAGUUCAUGGCAACUAAUCUUUACCACCUGAGUCCAAUUAAGGAUUUGACGAUGGCCACUAAACUAGUAUGUCCACUAUAUUUAUAUCCCGUGGAAGAUAUUUCCAAGGAGAUAGUUCUUUCAAAAAAAAGGUAUGGAUCAAUUAGGCGAGUGUUCAUUGUUGCUGCGGAAAGUAAAGCUUUCAAGAAAGAAUUUCAACGAUGGAUGAUCGAAAAUAAUCCACCAGAUGAAGUGGAAGAGAUCUCAGGAUCUGAUCACAUGGUCAUGAUGUCUCGACCGCAACAACUUUUUAAUUCCCUUCUGCGCAUUGCCAAUUCAUAUGUUUGAUUCAUUAUAUGAUGAUUUCAGUUUUUCCAUAGAAGUCCUACUUAA